AGCACCUUUGCAGUCUGAAAAUGUUUCCUGUUCGACUGUUUUCUCUAUUUGUUUUUAUACUUCCUGGAUUUCUGGAAGGAGCUCGCAUACUUUCCUUGUUUCCAAUACCAAGUCAAUCGCAUUAUUAUCAUGCCCUACCCUAUCUGAAAAGUUUGGCCGCUUUGGGACAUGAAAUAACAUCGGUAACUCCGUUUCCAUCGAAAGAACCGGGGAAUAAUAUACAAGAGAUUCCCGUUCCGGAGGUAUUUGAUAGUUUUGAUGAAUUAUUAAAAGCUAUGACAAUGCCAAUGCCAAAUACUUGGCAAUUUUUUGAGGUAACCAACGAAUUCGUGUAUAACAUUACAAAAGUAGUAUUCAAUAAUGAUGGAGUGCGUCGAAAGGUACUGAGACCAGGAAAAGUUCAAUUUGAUCUGAUCAUUGUAGAUCUUUGGAAGUAUGAUGCUCUUUAUGGCUUGGCCGCCUAUUUUGAGGCCCCGAUUAUCGGAAUGGCUCCAUGUGGUACCGACUGGAAAAUCGAUGAAAUGGUUGGAAAUCCAUCACCAAUGUCUUAUCUCCAGUCCCCAUCUUCUUACUUCUACGACUUGGAGACUUAUGUGGGUCGUCUGGGACACUUUGUGGAACGCUUCAUUUCUUGGAUGAACUGGCAUUGGCGGUAUGAGAGCAAGCAUAAGGGCCUUUACAGGAAAUAUUUUCCGGAAAUAGCUGACAAAAAGCCACUGUCCGAGAUUUCGCAAAACUUUGCCUUGAUUUUGGUCAAUCAACACUUUACGUUGGCUCCACCUCGACCAUAUGCACCAAAUGUUAUCGAGGUGGGCGGUAUGCACAUUAAUCAGGAAACGAAACCUUUACCCAAGGAUUUGGAGGAAUUUAUCCAAGGGGCUGGCGAACCUGGAGUAAUUUACUUUUCCCUCGGCACCAACGUGAGAUACAAAAACCUGGUAGAGGAUCGCAAGAGAAUAUUGAUCGAAACAUUUGCCAGUCUGCCACAGCGCAUCCUGUGGAAAUUCGAAGAUGAAAAGUUGUCAGAGAAACCAUCGAAUGUGUUAAUUAGCAAAUGGUUCCCGCAGCAGGAUAUCCUGGCCCAUCCAAAGGUUAAACUGUUUAUUACUCACGGAGGAAUGCAGAGCACUAUAGAAAGCAUUCACCAUGGUAAACCUAUGCUCGGGUUGCCUUUCUUCUACGAUCAGUUUGCCAAUAUGGAACAUAUCAAACGACAGGGCUUAGGUUUGGUUUUGAACUACAAAGAUAUGACUGAAGAGGAAUUCAAGGACUCUAUUCUCCGGUUGCUAACAGAAAAGAGUUUCGAUGUUACGGCAAGAACGACCGCUGCUCGAUAUCGGGAUCAGCCCAUGAAUCCUCUGGAUACUGCAGUAUGGUGGACUAACUACGUCCUUCGUCACAGGGGGGCUAAAUAUAUGCGAGUAACGGGCAGAGAAUUGGACUUCUUUACUUAUCACAGCCUGGACGUUUUAAGCACUUUUAUUUUAGCUCUUGUAGUUAUUGUUCUUAUUAUAAUCCUUAGCUUGGUUAAGGUUUUCAAGAUGGUCUUCCCAUCCUUUCCUGUUAAUAAAAGGAAACAAAAGCAGAAAGUUAUCUGA